GUACACAGCCCAUUGAACACCCGAACGUUUGCCUUAAAGAUACGCUUCGCCUCAUAGUAUCGCUAAAAUGAAUGCUAUUUUAUAUGCAAGCAUAUUUCAGCUCUUUCUUGGCGCCCUUGCCGACUACGGGAACCAACAUCCUCCCCAAGGAUCCUUGGAAGAGCUUAUCAGCGCACUUAACACCUCUGGACCAAUUUGGAUGGUCAAGCGCACCUACAAUAAACCAAAUCAUAGCUGCGUCUAUUCAAAAAUGGUAUUGCUUAAUGGAACCGAUUAUGAAUUUUUGCAGUCUUACAUGGACAAUGGGAUAAUGAAACAAAGACAUCUAUAUGCGCAUCUUGCCACGGUAAAUGAUACUGCAACUGGUGAGGGGGCUAUGAUGACAGUCAGCGAAGAAAAGCGCGCGCGUUGGGGAACAAAUUACUUACUGGUUAUCUCGACUCCUAUAGAGAAGUGCGGUAUUCUGAGCUUCUUCAACAAUGCUACCAACCGGUAUGACUGUGAAAUGUACGCCUGGAAUGAAACUGUGCAAACGGAACUCCACGAGUGUAAAGAAUGUUAUAGGCUGUAUUGUAGUCAACAAAAUGAAGAUCAUACUGUCUACAAUAAUGAGUGCACAGAAGAUCCAGGUUGCUGAAAGGCUUGCGGUUAGCUGAGCAGACCGAUAUUUCUUCAAGCCACUCCAAGAAAACGCAUGUGCUCAAUAAAAUUAUAAUGACCCUU